AUGCAAACCCGUAAAUAUAAUAAGAUGUUGUCAAAAGUUGAAACGAAACAAUUUAUAUACAUUCUUUUUUUCCUUUGCUUAUAUCUUAAUACGUUCAACUAUAAAUAUACCACCUCAUACGAAGGGAGCAGUUUCAGGCAAUUAUCUGAACCAGUUGUAGAAGAACAGGAUUUAAAAAAAACAAAUGCAGAGUCAUCACAUAUAGAAGCAACAACUUCACAAGCAACAACUUCACAAGCAACAACUUCACAAGCAACAACUUCACAAGCAACAACUUCACAAGCAACAACUUCACAAGCAACAUCUUCACAAGAAUCAGAUGAACAAGGACUAACGGCACCAUCAUUAAAUUUAGAAGAAACCCAAUCAAACAAAGUACGUAAUAAAAUUUUUAACUUCCCUAUACCAUCCGCAGAAGGUACAGUAUCAAAAGAAUUUAAAAACCAACCAAAAACUGAAUAUGAAAAAAAAUUAUUUGAAGAAUGGCAACACUUAAAUAUGUUUGAACAUUCUAAUUGGGUAAAUAUAACUGUACAAAGCUGUCAGGUUUUAGUACAAGGAUUAACAUCAUUAGAUGAUUAUGAUGCUAAAUUUAAAAGUUGGUCUGCUAUGGUAGAACUAUUAGGAGAAUUCCGUAUUACUUUAUUUAACGAAAGUAAUAAUAUGUUCGAAGCACUAUUAAAUGAAUUAAGAGAAGCAAGAAAAGAAAAUCCAAAUGAAAACUUAACACCAGAAGAAGAAGAAAAAUGGGAUCUAAUAAAACAAACUAAGCUAGAAAAAGAUAUUGAAUGGAAAAUUUAUCAAAUAUUAACAUGGAAAUAUUGGAAUCUAAAAGAAUUCCCAGGUGUUGAUAUACCUGAUCCUAGUGUACCCUCUCUAGAUUUUGAUGCCACAUACGAUGUUCUUGGGGAUAUUCUUGAAGAUGACGAAGAUGAAGAAGAUGAUGAAGAUACGGCUAAACCAAGUACAAGUUCUUCAUAA